UGCAUGCAUGCCAGGACCGCGAUGCGGUUGGCGGGCGAGAGAUGUUCCCCGACUGGAUGGACGGUAGAGUGGCGCUGCUACUAUUGGCUCUCUUGAUACUCAGUCCCGGUCACACUAAGGACCCCCACCACCACACGACGGAUAGUGAUGGCACCGAGCUACCGCUACAUUUCGAUGUUCCGUUGCCUCAAGAGUGUGCAGUGUCAGGUACGGGAGCCCGGAGGUAUAAUCAGGGCCUCUGCUCCAGGAAAUCUUGCAGAACUCCCGACGGUGUCUGCUCGCUGCCCUCUGAACAGUGCUGCUAUGAGGUGGGGGAAACUGCAGCCGUCGACUUCACCUGCUCCAAUUCCCGUUCCCCGGAGCGUGGUCACAUGAUAAUCACAUGCACGUGUCAACCCUGCGGUCAGUUGAAGGUGGAAGUAUCGGGAGAGGUUGUAUCGUCGCGGGGAAACGAACCUUUGGUCUUGGCGACCGUUGUCGCCGGGGGGGAGGUCGUGACCUUUACCAAUCAACGAGGAACGUUUUUGUUUGAGACACUCACUCCCAACAUCAACCCUGACCCUGACAUUUCACGAGGCCAGACAUCGAGAUUUGGAGCGGAACUUAACCAUCCACCCAUCUCUCCAGCAAAGAAUAAAGGUGGUCCUUGAGUACAUUGAGAUAAUCGACAGGCGAGAAAAGAUGGAGGCGGGGUUCGAUACUCCACUAGUUUCAAGUGACGUCAUUGAAAAUUAUGGUGUGAAUGGUUUCCUACAUUUUCCUCCAGGCGCUUUUAUAUCGUCGGAGACAGACGAAGCUUAUCGCGGGUCGGGCAGCGUCCUUAUCUCGCUCUAUUUCACUGAUAAGUGGCCGGCGUUUGCAACCG